AGGAGAAAGAACGAGGAUAUACGUAACCGGGAUCUCAGCUGUAUUAGCGGAAGACAGGAUUCAGGCUUCCAGUGACAACCGAAACAGCAAUAUGGGGAACUAGUCCAGGGAAGAACAUGGAUUAAACAUACGCGCUUUCUCAACUGACUGCACUCGCGCCUCCAUUCAUUCAAAUUAUCGAGUAGUUGCAUUGAUUUUAUGUCACAUAUACCUUAUCGUACGUAAUACAGCACCAGAAUUGCUAAGUAAGGUAGCCCACUUCAACAAAUAGGCAGAGUAUCUGCUCUUUAAAUCCGCGUGUACACAGUGUUGUAAUAUUUGAUAGUCCUAUAUAUAAAUAUCGGAUUGACUGUUUUGCUCAAGGGUUUCUUUGGUUGUUUUCGAGGCACCAGCAAUGUUCUCUGAAAUACUGGGUUCCUGAUACCCAGUUUGAACUGACCUGUAGCCUUCUGACGCCAAAAUAAAGUGAGAAGAUUUUCAGCAUACGCAAGACUAAAGACCUUUAGCUUUUGAGCAAAAGCUGUUUAUAAGGUAGUCACAUGGACUAUUUUAACGAUGUCUUUACUACCUUUCUGAGCCUUGAAAGUGGUAGUUAAAUUGCUGACUAUGAAAGAAAGCUCUUGGAUUUCAUCAAAAAGAUCUUUAUUUGUGUUCCGAAGAUGAACGAAGGUCUUACAGGUUUGGAACGACAUGAGGGUAUCAUGUCUUCCAGAGAGCGACGCUCCGACCUGUACAUAAAGGCUGAACCCAGCAGUCCUGAGGGAGGAGGUGGUGGCAAUGGGAGGACCAGCCCGGGAGGAGCGUCCUCAGACUCCUCUCAGAGUGCAGGGGGGGGUUCCAGAGGGGAAGGUGCUGGCCGCUACUCCCCGCCCCUUUACACGCCCGCUCUACGUUGCCAUUUUAAGGAGGAGGGUGCGGAUGGAGCCGAGGAGGGCUCUACCGGCAGCGGGGGAGGCCGCUGCAAGUAUGCGCUGAGCACGCUUCCCAAAAGGUUGUGCCUGGUGUGUGGAGAUGUGGCGUCUGGCUACCACUACGGAGUGGCUUCAUGUGAAGCCUGUAAGGCUUUCUUCAAAAGAACCAUACAGGGCAAUAUUGAGUACAGUUGUCCCGCCUCUAAUGAAUGUGAGAUCACCAAGCGCCGCAGGAAGGCCUGUCAGGCGUGUCGCUUCACCAAGUGCCUCAAAGUAGGCAUGCUCAAAGAAGGAGUCCGCCUGGACCGAGUCAGAGGCGGACGGCAGAAGUACAAGAGACGCCCAGAGGUGGAGAAUGCCACGUACCAGAGUGCACCGAUACCUUUAAGGAAAGAGGGAGAGAAGGGCUCAUCCAGCAUCAUUGUGUCUCAUCUGCUGGUGGCGGAGCCAGAAAAGCUGUUUGCUAUGCCAGACCCCCUGCAGCCUGAUACGGCCCAGCGCACGCUCACCACUCUAUGUGAUCUGGCCGACCGGGAACUAGUUGUCAUCAUCGGCUGGGCCAAGCACAUUCCUGGUUUCCUCUCUCUGUCACUGGCUGACCAGAUGUCCGUCCUGCAGUCGGUGUGGCUGGAGGUGUUGGUGUUGGGGGUGGCAUACCGUUCUCUCGGCUGUGAGGACGAGGUGGUGUUCGCUGAAGACUUCGUGCUGGAUGAGGAGAUGUCUCGUGUGGCCGGUCUGACCGAACUCAAUGCUGCCAUCAGCCAGCUCGCACGCCGUUUCAGGGCUCUGCAGCUGGACCGCGAGGAGUUCGUCAUGCUCAAGGCCAUCGCGCUCACCAACUCAGAUUCGGUGUACAUUGAGGACAUGGAGGCUGUGCAGAAGUUACGGGACUUGCUGCAUCAGGCUCUGCUGGAGCUAGAAGUCCAGCGACGCCCCGACGACCCCCAGCGUGCCGGACGACUCCUCCUCACCCUGCCCCUCCUCAGGCAGACCGCUGGCCGGGCCCUCACCACGUUCUACAGCAUUAAGACCCGUGGCGGGGUGCCUAUGCACAAACUCUUCCUGGAGAUGCUGGAGGCCAUGAUGGACUCACCCUAGAGAAUAGAUGACAGAUGGAUGAAGGAUGAAGAAAAGGGCAAAAAACUUGCCCAAAGUCUUUUUGUGUGUGCAAGGGCUACAAAAGCCAAAAGAAAACACUUUUUUUGGGUUGAAUAUGAAGAAGACGCUUUGUAGCUGUCCGCCAGUACUGGUCUUUCGCAUCCAAUCCUCCUCCUUCAUUUGAUUUCAAUGGGUACCACGUCAACAUAGGCUUGGGUCAGUUCAGACACACUUCAUAUUUAUAUAUGUCAGUGUUAGGUGAACCACAGACAAACGUGUAAUUCAUUCUGUCACUUCACGGCCAUCCUGAUAAGUGUUUCUAGGAGCUAACCAUUACUGUAAACUCAGAGAAAUUUACGUGCCAAGGGCGCCUACUGAGACUGCAGCAAUAUGAACUCUUACUUGAAUCAUACGAUUCAGUGAUAUCUCCUCCUUUACUGAUAGUAGGCAACCGAAACAGUCACUAUCACUACAGUUAUAAUCGAGUAAGCUUUCUUUUUCUCCUUAAAUUUGUGCAUAAAAGGCACUUGUGUAAAGUUAAUGUCUUUUAUAAUGCACUCGCCAUACUACAAGUGCUAUCUAUCUUCGUCCCGCUAGCUUUUUGUGGAAUAUGCAAAACAUAAGUGAAGACUUACUGGAGGAGAGACAAAUCUUAGUUUACUGGUGUACACUGGUACUGCAAAUAUACUGCAACAUCAUAUUACGGUAAGCAAUAUGAAAGAUUUCAUAACCCAUUUGAUGUCAGCCAUUUUUAAAAAAAAAAAAAACGAGAGGCUGCCCUACCACGUCCUGCUUUGAAAUGAAAUUAACUAGUGGAGUAGUCGCAUAACAAAGACAGUUUUUUUUUUUUUUUUUUUUUUUAAUUUCCAAGAAAUCCAGGCCGUCCUAUGUAUAAAAGCUAUGUGUUUUAAAAGAUUAACAUUAUUGUUUUGGGAUAUGGAUUGUGUGAACAUGAGACUGUGGGUACUAUAAAUGCUGAACUGAACCAACAGUGCAUCUAAAUCAGGGUAAACGGGGAGUUUUUUCCUCCUGUAGGCCACUACUGUAGUUUUUUUUUUUUUUUUUUUUUUUUUUUUUUUUUGCUGUGAUCAUUUGUUUGGAUGCCGUGGGACCUUCCGGUGAUGUCCUCAAUUUUUCAGAUGACACUGGCCUGCUUGUGACCGAUUGAGCCAUUUGGAGUCAGUCGUUUGGAGACAUUUUUCAUUCAUUCAGAGGAAAGAUCAUAUUCUUUAUUGUUAUCCUCCAUUUAUACGUGGACGCAGCCGGACAGUCUACGUCUGAGGUUCGUUCCGUGAUAUUCAGACUGAAAGCCUCUGUGGUGCAGAGCAACAUUAAAUGCAAAUUGGAAAGCCUCACGAAAUGGGCUCAACCAGAGCCGUCGCUUCGUGACUCUUCGUUGGGUUCUUUUAAGAUGUGUUUUUGCGUAGUCUCCUCACAGUUUGUUUGCAGACGCUCGUCUGGUAUUAUAUGCAAUCAUACUCUGUUCAGAGCUACCUUUUAUUUAUUCUACACGUGAAAACAGGAGGAAGAAAAGCCAGUUGCCAGUUUGGCCAAUUUAAGUACUAAAAUUAAAAACCACUGAUGUACAGAGUCAGACCUCGGAGGUGACGCCACAUUUUUAGGGUGAUUUUCACUGUAUGUUGUUUGCAGCAAUGAUUGUAUGAGCGCUCUGAAAGUGGUUCACUGCAAAUACACGUCAUAUAAGCAGAUGGAAAGAAUCUUCCAUGGUUGAUAUUUAUAUUUUCAGCUCAAGACUAGUUUCAAUCUGGGUUUUAGUCCUAAAUACUGAGGAGACGUAUUGUGAUUUCAGGCCUUUUGGAUGAUCAUGAGUUGCUGUUGCUCAUUCUGUGCUCAUGGCAUGAUUUUAGUUUUUGGUUUUUCCAUAUACACUAUGAAGCUUGGCCUCAGGUUUGGUAUUGAAAUAAAGCAAUUCAUUUGGGAGAAUGUUGUAAAAUGUCUGUUUUGUAUUGAAUUGUUUCUUAGAUUUCUCUUUUUGUAGUUGAAGUACUAACUUUAAGACAUAUGAAAGCCAGUGGACAUUAUAUUCCUGUGUCUUUUCUUUCUUUUUCUUUUGUUCAAUAUAGUAUUGCAGAUUUCAGGCACUAAUAUGUGUUGAUCACUGCAAAACUUCCUCUUUUUCUCUGUUUUUUUUCUUCAAAAUACCGCCAGUUUGGCUGUUAAGGGAAUUUUGGGAUAUUUCAAUAAACUUGGUUUAAUUUUUUAUUCAAUCUAUAUGCGUUUAUCGAAGCUAAAAUAGGAUUAUUUUUUUUCCCUUUUCUAACAUUUCAGUGUUUUUUUUUUUUUUCUUUUAUACACAGGAGUUAAUGUCUCUCCUAAGUGGUUAUUGGGAUGUCAUGAUUUGUGUACAUAACCAUGAAUGAGUGGGUCCAUUCAAAGACAGCUGUAAAAUAUGUCAAUGUUUGUGUCAAUAAUAACUCUAAUAUAAUGAUGAUAUUACAGUAGUGUUUUCAUAAUGGUAAGCAUUAUAUAAAGCCAUUUUGUCUGUCAGACUUAGAACAUAACAUAUGAUUGAGAGAUAAAUUAAAUUCAUGGCUAGGUGUUUUUGUGUGUCUGUGUAUAUUUAUGUAAAUGAGCAAUACCAGAAUUUACCAAAAUGUUUGUUUUCACAUUUUACUGUAUAUUCAUAUACUGUAAAUCAAACCUCAACAUUAACACUAGUGAUAACAGUCAAUAGUAAUAAGUACAGUAAAGAGCAAAUCAAUAUUUGUAUUCCAAAAUAUUGUAUUUAAAAGAUUAAAAUCUAUUUUUUACUCAAUUUGCGGAUGUUUAUUAAUAUUAUUGUUCUGGUAUUUGUGUGGGUUGAAGUCAAAUGAUUGUAAAUGUCUGUGCUUUUUUGUUUCCUUUUUGUAAACCUCAGUGGUUCAGCAGUAGUAACUUUGUUCAUAUUGAAUCACUGUGAAGAGAAAGCAAACACUAAAACAACAGGAAAAUAGAGGUAUUUUAAAAUAUUGUCAGUGUCAAUGUGUUUUGUAAUAAAUUAACACGCGUCAUCACUUGUCAUUGGA